AUGUCUGAUUCUGACAUCAAGUUAAAAAUAAAGGAGGUUAUAGAAGCUACAAUUUUAUCAAUAGUUCAAGAAUAGUCUGAGAAAAUUGAAAAGUUAGAAAAACUUGUUGAAUAACAAUAAGAAAGAAUUCAAUUAUUAGAAUCCAAGCUUUUUGGAUCAGAAUAACAAAAGACAUUUAGAAAAGAUAAUAAACAUCAUACUACUAAUCCAAUUUAGCAUACAUCGUAAUAGAAUUAAAUUUAGGCAUAGAAACCAGAUGCUACAAUAAUUAAAAGCUAAUUGAAAAAAUUAGAAUAAGAAAGAGAAAAAACUUAAGAUCAUAAAUAACUCUCCCAAUCUAAACCAAAAUUUUAACAAUAGAAUAGUUAAUAAAAUAUUACAUAAUCUGCAAAUCAUAGAAAUAAUUAAAUUAAACAUUAAGAAGCCAUUAAAGCAUUACCUGAUCCAAAAAAGUUAAAAACUCAAAUUCUAGAAUCUUAAAAAUAAUUCAGCAAUACAUAACCAAUUAAAUUAAACAACUAACCUAAAUCUCAUUCUUCAUCUACAAAAGAACUUAUAGGUUUAAAAAAAAGUCCAUCAUAAUCUUUAACUAUAGUUAGUGACUAAUAAAUUAAAACUGCUUCUAGUCCUAAAAAUUGUUAAAAAUCUUUAUUUCAUGGAUUAAAAUAAGAAGCUAUUUCACCAUAAAAUUCAUUAAAUAAUGCUGAAGAUAACCAAUCUGAAAAUUAGUAAUCAAUAUAAGCUUCUCCUAUCAAAGAUUAACAAUAAGUAUCACUCUAACAUCUAGAUGAAAGUGAUGCUUAUUCUUAAAAUCUGGAAUCUUAAACUUAAAGAAUUGAUUCUCAAUAAUUAGAAAAUAAUCAAGAAAUUUAAGAAUAAGAUGAAGAUAUUAUCCUUUUACCUAUAGAAUUCAAAACAAUGACUAUUGAUUCAUUUGAAAUUAUAGAGAUGAAUUUUGUAAGUGAUCUCCUUUAAUAAGAAGAAAUACCUGAAUCUGUUAAAUAAGUGAUAUACGUUUUUCUAGUUAUAAUUGAGGAUUUCAAUGCAUAUUAAAUUGAAGAUUAAAAAUUUUGGGAUAAAGCAUCUAAGUUCUUGUAAGAUAAUGAAAAAUAAUUUCGUAAGUUUUUUUAUUUAUUUAGCUUUAUUCCUGUAAACUAUCAAAGAAAAAUAAUUUAAGAAAUCACAUCUAAAUUCAAUUUCAUAAUUAAUUAACAAAAACCCUGAUGUCAUUGAUCCUGAUAAAUUUGAGGAUAUAGAUGCAUUAACAUGCACCUUAGCCUAUUUUAUAAAAGACUUUCAUAGUGCUCUUAAAAAGCUUUAAGUAUGA